CAAAAACAGGCAAAUAAUACUCCGUACGUUAAACCAACAAAUUGCCCCAAACAAGAAGAGUGACCCAAUUUAUGCACUAAACUUCUCGCAUAUUCCAAAUUAUCAAAUUAGACAUCAAAAUCACGACCCCUUCAUCAAUCACCUCAUUCAAUCUCCCGGCGUUUUACUGUUAAGGUUCAUUGGAGGGAGGAGUAUGGUAGCAGUUGAUACUUCGAAGAAUGGAGCAUCCUUUUCGAGUUUCCAGUACUCAGGAUUGAAAAGAUUGGGUAGGAGGAACCCGUUUUUAAGAUAUGGGCUUCCUCUUAUUUCCCUGACUGUGUUUGGGACUCUUGGCCUUGGUCAUAUGUUGCAAGGGAGUAAGGAUAUUUCCAAAAUAAAAGAUGAUAAAGAGUGGGAAAUCAUCGAGGAACGAAAAGCUCUUUCCAGAACUGGACCUGUUAAUGCAUACAAUCCGAAAAAGAUUUCAUUAGAAGAGGAGCUAAAGGCAUUUCAGGAGAAAGUAGAUAUAAACAGCUACGAAUACAAGAGAAUCCCUCUGCCCAGUGAAGGCAAGUCAACUAGAUAAAGCUUUGGUAUCCAGGUUUAGGCAGCAGCAGAAGCAUGCUUUGCGUGCCAUUGCGUUUUUGUUCACUUUUUUGGCUAAACCCGCAGUUCUUGGGUCACUGUAUAUGUAGUGAAAAUGUAAUCCUUAUUUGCUUUUUUUUGGCUACUAAUUAAGAUAUCUGCACUUUGAUUCAUGAUACAAUGUGCAAUCAACAUGAAUGGAAGAGAAUGUGUGUUAUUCACAGUUGUCGAAUGAAUCUCAAUUUCUUAAUUGAUGGUGGUUGUGAAGGAAUCUUUCCGGUU